GAGCCGUGUCCGAUCCAGACCAGCUUCGCGAGGCUAGGAAGCAGAGGCGCGAGGAGCUCGAGACCGCAGGCUACAAGCGGAGGAAGGUCGCCGCACCUCCCACCCCACCCGCAGAGGCGCAGGGAGGUGCCCCUGGGGCAGGCUGGACAAUAGCGAAACGCGUCAACAUGGGCAAGAGAAGGUCCCAGACGCACUCCAGCUUUGGGGUCGUGAGCGCGAACGGCUCGGGCGGGGGACCGCUCGCGGCGCUGUGGGCGGCGGAGCCUAGCAAGACAACGCAGACGGCGAGCUGCUUGUGCGUGCAGAAGACGCAGCUGUCCGGGAAGAGGCCGAAGGCGGAGGAGCAGUGGUGUAGGCAGCACGGCAUCGCAGCGGCGCUGGCGGCAGGCACGGCUCGCGAGGGCUCCAGCGAGGGGCCUCGAGGGGGCACGGGCGUCUUGGUCCGUGCCUCCAGGGCAUGGCGGAGCCAGCUGACCCUGGCUCCAGGCAAGUGGGCGCCGAGGGCAGGUGCGCGGCGGGUGCCAGGUUCACUGUACCUCGCCCAAACAGUCGGAGGGACUACUAGCGGGUGGCCAGGAGCGGCGCUCGACCCGGUUCUGGUCCAAUGGAGAGCGAAGUUGGACAUGGUGCAGGAGGUGCCGCAAAACAUCAUCACCGUGUGGAUCUCGGAGGCCCGCGAGGAGGCGGAGGCCCUCAACUCCAGGUUCGCCUACAAGCGCCGCCGGGACCUCUGCGAGUGGAUUCGAUCCUCGCUGGCGGUCGGAGGCAAGCAGGCCCACUCCGUCAGGCACGGGCCCAGAGGCUGGGUGCCCGAGAAGCUGGGGGCCCUAGGGAGCCCUAGCGGAGGCCAGAAGGGGGUGGACGCAGUGGCGGCGUGCUGGGCGGGCGAGGUCUGGACGCAGAAGACGGGGAUGGAUUCCGAAGGAGGCAAGGAAGGCGGCCAAGGCGUUUGGCUCCUCAGUGGGCGGGGCGCGGACCAUUUCAACUCGAGGCAGCUGGAGCACAUAUCAGACGACCUGAUGGAAAUGCUCAUCGCGUUCGGCAUGCCGACGAAGGUGGUGGGCACGCUGCCCGAGGAAACCAUCUGCUGCAUGAUCGUCAUGCUGGCAAAG